UUAAAAAUAAAAUGGGUGACAAUUUGCCACUAUUACCAACUAAAGGAGAGACAAUAUACGCGGACGUGAGGCCGGUCCUGCGGGACGUGUUUCGUGGCGCGGCCGGUGCGACGCUCGUCAGCUGUUACCACGAGAUUGACGAAACUUUACAAGGGAAAGAAUGGAUAGAAAAUUUCAAAUCAGAAUGCAAGGAGAUCUAUCUAAAAGAGAAGGACUUGCAAAAGCAAUAUGCAGUACGUCUAACUCGGGAACCGUUGCCCAAUAUAUACAAGACUUACCCACCAGAUGUUGCUCGAAAAGAGAGUAAAGAACCGUAUAUAGAUAGGAAGGAUUUGAAACCUGGUAUUGAGCAAGAUGCUGGGCGAGACGCAAGAUUAUGGAUUCAAAAUAUUUUGAACAAAAGCUCUGGUGACGUCACAGCGCAGAAUUUUGAGUCCCGUAUUCGAAAACAAAAUGGCGUGGUACAGAUUGAUACGACAGCUUUUACUGAUGUAUCUUUGAGUAUUGGGGACACAAUACCACGACCGGUACUACCACCAGCUCGCAUGAGUCCACCGCCACCACUCCCAGAAUAUAUUAUUUGUGUACCACCACACAUAGAUUUCGUCAAUUUUACCGUUGGACAAGUUCAUACGCAAUCGCUACGUCUUAUAAACGUGUCCAAAUUCGAGUUACGUUUAUCCGUGACACCACCAACUCGACGCGAACUCAAGGUGGAACUCUGCUCCCGGUUGACCGUCACUUCUGGAGCAGCUGCAGAACUGCUUCUGCAUUACAAACCUGAUGAUGUACGGGCUCUGGUGGAUGAGCUGCAUCUCAGGGUGUCCGCUGGGAAAGCUCUGUGUGUGCCGAUCUCGUGUUAUAUGCAACCACCGGUUUUGGAGAUUCUUGUACCAAACCUGACAUCUUCAUCUCACCUGGACACAAUGAGCGCAGCAUCCGUAACCCAUGAUGUUUUGGACCUGGGUUCCAGACUUCUGGGCGAUGUCCACAGAGUGCCUUUACUGUUCUGCUGUAUGGAGAAACAUGCUACGUUCUUCCUAUUGGCUGAAGAGGCUUGGUUGAAUUGUAGGGUUGAUAUUGCAACCAGCAAAAACUCAGGAGUAUCGUCCGACUGUUUCCACAUAACUCCCACACGGAUUCACGGCGGUGGCCGUACGCAUGCUCUAUGCACUUGCAGAGCUCCCACAGUUGGGUUACAUGUGACGGCUCUACGUGUUCUGUGCUCUACGGCGAUAGUUCGCACUUUGAGUGUGUUGGCUGAUGCACUAGAGUAUCAAGAGGACCAUGUUAUACUGCAGGCGCACGACAAAGAUUACGACAUUUGCAGUGAAGACGAUCCAGCUUGCGAGUAUUAUGUGCGACUCGGUACUGCUUUUCCCAACCGCUCGUUAUCUGCUACCGUACAAAUUGUUAAUAAUAGUCCGAUAACAUACCCCUACUAUUGGAGUGUCAGACCGUGGGGCGUCUGUUCCUGUUGGAACGGGUCUGACACUUCUCUGCUCGCUGAAGACGAUCUGUGUGAUGAUGGGAAGGAAGGGAGACGGAAUCAGAUGGACGGUAAACCAAACAUGGACGCAAGAUCGGUCCGCGUGGAACCAGCACAGGGCCGCUUGUUGCCGCGGACCACGACACAGUUGCUCGUGCGAGUGCCCGAUGUGGGACCAGUGUUGGGCGUGGGACGGGCUGUGCUUAUGUUAAUCCUCAAAAUGAUACCAAAGGAAAGCUUCCCAGAGAACUAUGAUCCGAUGAUUGUUAAGACUGACGUCAUCGAGGAAGAAGCUAUACCGGGAGUUUGUCCAAGUUGGUCAAGAGAAGUGUGCGACAUAGUGUGCUGUCAGCUAGAAGUGUGGUGGGAAGUAGUGCCAGUUCGAUUUGUACUAGACCCACCUGUAUUGAGGCUUGCACAUUCUAGAAGGAUAAAAUCAACAGAAAUUUGUCUCCAAGCGACACAAUUAUACGGUGUUAAUGGUAUAAAAGCGAACUGGAAUGUACCCGUACCAAAGACAAUGAAUUUAAUACCAGGGGAGUCUAUACCGACAAACUUCCAACUGCAAAUGCCUUUAUUGCCCAAUCAUUAUCCGAAGACUGAUAUAAUUGAAUUGAUAGCCGACAACAAGGAAUGGAAAUCAGCAAGCGUUAUAGAGAGGAGCUACAACACUCGACACCCGGCGUUACGUCCAGCGGUUCAAUGGUUAGGCAUCUUCCCGCCAGGGGCCAGGGUUCAAACUGAACUCGUUCUGCACAAUGAUACGUAUGAGCAUAUCCACUGGUGGGCCCGCUGCGUGCGUUGGCUCAGCGGGCGGGCCCCCGCACGGGUGUGUGCGACCCGCCCGCCCUGCGUGCGGUGCGGGGAGCGGACCUGUGCGUGUGCGGUGUUGGGGCCUUCCAGGGGGGGGCUGCGGUGCGGGGAGAGGGGGGUGCUGACGUAUAGUGCGGUGGCGCCCGAUACGGACGGGCCGGUAGCGACACUAGUACAAGUGCACAGGACGCAAGCGGACGUGUGCACUGUGCACACUGCAGCGGGCAGCAGCGCUCGUGCCACACUGGUGCUGUACCGCGUGCUCGCUCCCCGCGUGGUGCUGGGGGUGCGCAGCUGUGGGGGGGAUAGGCCGCGCUGUAAAGUAUGCUCCUUAGACCUCAAUUCACAAGACUACAGCGCGGUAUUGCGUCCCAGUUUUGCCUUAACUGUCGGCUUUAAGAGCUGCUAUAUACUCAGAUGUACUAAUCUAACGCCAAUACCCACUAGUGUAAAGUGGCAGAAACCUAUCGAGGGCGAGGAUUCCCUCAGGAUUACCUUUUUGCCCAACGACUUUGAUGUUGACGCUUAUGCGUCUAUUGAAAUUCAGGUUGUUCUAGAGCCUCGGAAAGUAUGUGCUCGUCGAAUGUACUUAGCUAGUGCUAAGGUGACUCACGCUUACAAACCUAUAUAUUUGGCUGUUGAUGCUGCUAUUAUGGGUCUAGAAGUAUUUGUGGAUAUACCUUUGGGCGAUGCUGAGAAAAGUGAUUCUUUCCUCACUAUAAAGAUGAUACAGAAAGAAGAGUCGUCGCCAGAAAAUAAAACACGCAAAAUGACGACAAGCGAAAUAUUUGCGGAAGAAGAUCGUAAGCGUGCGGUACAAAAAGAAAAUAUUUGUCAUUGCCGCUACAAAAUGGUGUACAUACCUCCGGUGAAAGAAGUUAAACCAACGGAUAAUUUAGAGGAAGAAGAACAUUUUGUUGAUAUUGUAACCGAACCCCCAACAUUCACGCGGGUUUGUCCAUGCGCAUACAAAACGAAGCCCGUGCUACUAGAGCACACUGAACCUUACUGUUUGCAGUUUAGGAAUUUACCGCUACGGACUGUGCGUUCAAGGACAAUUCUCAUACGAAACGUUUCAUCGAUAUCAGCCAAAAUAUCCACAGCAGUGCGAAGAUGGCCGCGUGUGCAUAAACGAACUUUGAAUCCAGACAAAUGGGCAGAUGACGUCAAAGAGCCAGGCGUGGUCAUCGAGUGUGCGUCCAAAGACACUUUGCUUCCGUGUGGUCAAGUAGAGGUCACGGUCAGCGUUUAUGCGGACUGCUGGGGGCUGUACCAUGACCAGAUUCUGUUACAGAUCGAAAAUAUCGAACCACUAAUACUGGACGUAUGGAUCGAAGCGGUUGGACCACCUCUACAAUUUGCAUUACAUUCACCUGGACAUGAAAAGAUUAAUGAAGCGCCUAUACUUUGGAUGUCGUCGUCGGAUCGGAACCGUACCGUGCGCGUGUUGAACCCGUCUCGAGCACGUCUCGCCGUGCACGCUUAUGUAAUUACGGAGAAUCAGAAAUUUAAUCAAUGA